AAUAACAAAACUCUUUUGGGAUAACCAAGUUGCAGCGCAUUCUAUUUUAACCAAAUCAUAUCAUUGUGAACUAUUUUACUCAAAAUGCGCCGGAAAAUUUUAUGCUGGACAGUUCUAGCACUAUGGAUUUCAAGUUGUCAAACAGGUUUUAGUAGCCGGGAAACUGACUUAGAUGUAGAUAACAUUGACUCUGAUAACGAAACAUCCGACGGAAAUUACUCAAGUUUCAAUGAAACUGAGGACGAGGAACCAUUGAACGAAACUGAUUACGAAAUUCUUGAUUUGGAUGAACUCGAGGAUUCUUUGGAUUAUGGAAUUGAUGAUUUGGAGAGCGAUAACAGUACCAAUGGGACUGAUUUUGAGUACGGAGACUAUAACGGAACAGAACCUGAAGAUAGCAGCGGAAACGAAACUGAUAUGUUUGAAUCAUUGAAUGAAACUGAUUAUGAGAUGCCUGAUUUGGAAAACUUGGAUGAGUUUGAGGCGUCUUUAGAUUCUGGAGAUGAAGAUUUGGAAAACAGAACUGAUACUAAUGGGACAGAUUACAAUUACGGAGAUUAUAACGAAACAGAAACUGACGAAAAUAGCGACGACAAUGAAACUGAUAUUUUUGAAUUUGACGACGAUUCAGAUUCCAACUCUUCCACUUUUGAAAUGGACGAAAGUGAAUUAUAUGACAAUGCGACUAAUUCGACAAAUAACGACGAAAAUGAAGGUGAACUUGAGAUUGAAAAUUUCAUUGAGAAUGAAAGUGAUCUGGAAAAAGAGCUUGAAGAAAUUUUUGAGAAUGGCGAUCUGGAUGAAAAAUGGCUGAACAGUUUGAAUGACAGUGAACUUAAUUCGGCAAACUACAACAAAGAUGAUGAUCAAGGUGUGAAUGAGACUGAACUCAACGACAAAUUAGAAGACGACGACGAAGAUGACAAAGAAGAAGAAGAAUCUCAUGGAUUUUUUGAACACUUCUUUGACUGGUUUUCAUUCUUCUAAGGUAUUUACGGAAAUGGUUUAUGGGACUAGAAAUUGAUUGGGUUUGGGUUUAAGCAAAUGAUUCAAUUGAAGCAACUAUUUUUCUAACAAAAAAUUAUUUGCCAAG